AUGUGGAUGAUUGUCUUUUUUCUCGCCCUCUGCAGCGCCCAGGUCACUAGGGUCUACGCAAAGGCCAUCGCUGACGGCUACACACAGAUCGGGCAUCCAUUCCGAUUCGAUAAACAAGUUGCCUUCGCACCUUCCGCAGAAGAGUUGACCUCAGAAGUAUGGUGGCCAGCUACUGGAAGACCACCUCUACGAAAAAACCAGCGCCCGCACUUGGACCAAACAUUCGACGUCGCCAUGCAUACAGAUAUAUCUUUUCCUAAUCCUUUUGAGCAGCCUGAAAAAUGCGUUGCAUUUUCUAGUCUAUCACAUUCGUGGAUUUGUGAUCCGGACCAGCUGCUUUCUCCACAGGAACAAGCGUUUGUUGAGGCUCGCCUGCUCAAACUACGCGAUACUGCUCAGAGCAACUGUAAUGACUCACAGAAGUACUACCAGGUUGCAGUCGCCGUAGCAUCCGAUAUUGUUGUAAACGAGAACGAGACACCACAAGAGGCGACGGACCGUUUUGCCGAAUCGUUGCUCAGACGCUGGGGUGUGGGCAACAAGGGGUGCCAUGAUGGAAUUGUUUUGGCCUUUGUGAAGAACCUCAAAACCGUCAGCCUGGCCACCAGAGAAAAUGUCGAUGCACGCGUUGCAAGUCCCACAUUCAAGGCACAUGUCCAGCGUUCAAUGAAUCACGUAUUCCUUGCGACCGACUCCCCUGCCGCAGCGGUGGCAGCCGGAGUGGAUCUAGUAAACCAGUAUCUCCCUCGUGCAGCCACUGGUUUGAGUUGGACUGCUACGAUCCUUUUGACGCUAGCAGGGGUCUACCUUGCUUCUGUUGUCGGAGUCUACUACUCUCUGAACAAUUUGAUGACAAAGAGUUACACUGUCGAGGAAUAG